GUCUGGAGUGACAAAGAGGAACCGCGCGGCGCACCCAGAAGGCGGCACUUGCCACCAGUGGCCGCUCCGCGCAAGACUUUUACGCGCGCCACAGUCUCCGCCCUUCGCGGGCUACUGCGCGUGCGGCCGAUCCGCCGGGUGGUCACGGGAUGUGGGGCUGACAGGGGAGCGACUCAGUGGGGCUGGCGGAGCCAUGGGGCGCGGGAGCCGCCCGAGGGGACCUUUCUUGCUGCCUCUGCUGCUGCUGGCGGCGGUGGCGAGCGGCGAGGCGCCCUCGCUGCCUCUGGUCCUCAACACCUGGCCCUUUAGGAAAGCCGCCGAAGCAGCUUGGAGUACCUUACUAGCAGGUGGUUCUGAACUGGAUGCAGUAGAGAAAGGCUGUGGUCAGUGUGAAGUUGAGCAAUGUGAUGGAAGUGUGGGGUAUGGAGGACACCCAGAUGAACAUGGAGAAACAACAUUGGAUGCUAUGAUUAUGGAUGGUAAUACUAUGGAAGUUGGGGCAGUAGCUGAUCUCAGACGCGUAAAAAAUGCUAUUGGCGUGGCACGGAAAGUGAUAGAGCAUACUCAGCACACCUUACUGGUUGGAGAGUCAGCCUCACUAUUUGCGGAAAGCAUGGGGUUUCCAAGUGAAGACCUGACUACACAGAGCUCCCUUUCAGUGUACUUACAGUGGCUUAAUCGAAACUGUCAGCCAAACUUCUGGAAGAGUGUGACGCCAGAUGCUUCAAAAUCAUGUGGCCCAUACAAGCAGGCUGCAAAGUUCACCAAAGAAGAGCAGAGUGUAUCAAAGAAAAGAAUAGAUGUUCAUAACCAUGACACUAUUGGCAUGAUUGUGAUUGGUCAGAAUGGAAGCAUUGCUGUGGGGACGUCAACAAAUGGUGCAGACCACAAAAUUCAGGGACGUGUGGGAGACUCUCCAAUUGCUGGAGCUGGAGCAUAUGCAGAUAGUACAGCUGGAGCUGCAGCUGCCACUGGAGAUGGGGAUUUGAUGAUGCGCUUCUUGCCCAGCUAUCAAGCCGUGGAGUAUAUGCGAACAGGAAUGGAUCCCACCAUAGCCUGCCAGAAAGUUAUUUCUAGAAUUCAGAAAUAUGAGCCAUACUUCUUUGGUGCCGUUAUCUGUGCCAACGCAAGUGGAAGCUAUGGUGCUGCCUGCAAUAAAGUUUCAGGAUUCACACAGUUUCACUUUAUGGCUUCUAAUCCCACUUUGAAGCAACCAUCUGAGCAAAUAAUAGACUGCAUUUAACACAGCCCCCCCCCCAAACUUAAAGAGUUCACUGGAAGAAACGAAGAAGACAAAAUUAAACUUUUGCCAUUGCUGUUUUUUACAAAAAUUAGUUGUGCACACAACUUCCCCAUAAAUUAUAGCGCAGAGGGGUUACUGAUUUGUGCCAAGGAGCCUUUAUUCUCUGUCUUAAGACUGUAAUCUUUUGGCCCUUGGGAGGAGAGGGGGGCAGAGAGUGCCAGAUCUCCACCCCCUAGGCUUUCCUGCUGCCCUACUGACAUCAAAGAGAGAGCAGGAGCCAUCGCUGUCUCGUCCUCCUGACAUGCUCCCAGAAUGGGAAGAUUUCCCCUCAAGAUUUCUCAUUAAUUUCCUCCUUGUUAUUUUCUAUAGGAGGGUAAAAGUUCCAAACCAAAUAAGGUAAAAGGAUAGAGGAGGGUUUCCGUGAGCCUAGCAGGAAACUGAAUUUUAGGUGGCCUUCACUCCCCCGCCCCUAAAAUUUAAGAUUGUAGCCUUAAUUUUGCUUUCUCGUAUUGCUGACCCUUAAGUAAAUUUAAACAGAA